GUCGUGUCGAAAUGUUCACUUGAGAACAAAUAUUGCGUCGACACAAUUUGGAAACGAACAAUCAGCCAGAAUGUCCGAACCAGCAGGACAAGCCUCGAAUACGAGCGCAAACAACGAAGACAACGCUCCUCCAUCAGAUUCUUCUUCCUCCUCACAAAAGACAUGCGCCAACUGCAAUAAAGCCGAGACCUCCACAUCAGAAGACGAGCCUCAAAUUCUCAAGCCUUGCACAAUGUGCCAUAGCGUCUCAUACUGCUCUCGCGACUGCAAGAAAUCACACGCCAAGAAACACAAGAAGGUCUGUGCGGGACUGGCCCAGGAAUAUGCAAAGACUGCGCCUGUGAAGAUGGCGUCGAGAGCGCCACCAAAGGCGGAUACCUUCCGCGGUGGGCUACAGAAGUGGCAAUUUGAUACGUGAGAUGGUCGUUUUUUUUUUUCGAUUGAAGAGGUGUUUCGGGGCUGUGGCGUUCACGAUCUGGUGGGAUCGGAAUGAGGAGGGAGAGGGUGGUUCUACGAGUGCAUGAGAUAAUGGCGAUGAAUCAGAGUAGCAGCGCUGGAGACCUGCCAUGUACUUCCAUCGGACGAAUACGACGAUUUCGCAACCGAUAUCUACAUCCGAUGGCUCACAACGAAUCGAUCCGCGAGAAAGCAGCUCCUAAUAAAAGCUAUACAUUUGCGUAUCUCCACAAUGAGUCACUCCAGCUCGGCCUUUGCA